AUGGCAACGGACGCCGGGUUCUGGACUCCAAUCCUCGAGAGGGCAGCGCCGCGGGAGGCGCACGGCUCAGCGGCCACGGCCUGGGCUCCGAUGGACACCGGGGGCGAUGCGCCCGAGACGGAGAAGUGCCGGAAGAUCAUCGAGAACCUCGAGUCCGCCAUUGAGCAAUUCCAGUUCGACGCCAGACUUAACAUUUCAGAUGAUUUAAAGAUUGGCUUUUUCAGCACAGACCAUGCUACUCAAACAGAUUGGAGUGAAAUUUUGCCAAUAAAAGAGUUGAGUUCAUCGACACAAAAGUUAGUUCAGGUGGUUAAAUCCCUUCAGGUGGAUUUUGGGUUCCUCAGACAAUUGCUCCAACUGAAGUUUGAGGACCGACUUAAAGAGGAAUCUAGCAAUCUCUUCAUUGUUCUACAUGACAGGAUCCUAGACAUCGAAAAACAUUAUCGACAGAAUGAGGAUAACAUAAGAAAAUGCUUCCAUCAGCAGUUAGCUGAUGCCAUUACUGUUAUUAAAGGAAUGUACCAGCAAUACUUUGAGGUGGAAGAAGCGAAUGCAUCUUUCCAAGAUGUAACUGCUGUCAAAAUGGGUGUUUUGGUAAGAAAACUGAAAGAGAAAGAAGAAAUUAUUAAGCAAUUAAGAGAAGAACUAGACCAAUACGAAGAAUGGGGAUUUCAAAAACGUUUAAUAGAUGGCAGAGAAAGGUUAAAAUAUGAACUUGAUUAUGAAAAAUCAUUAGUUCAAGAUAUGAUUAAUAAACAGAAAGAAGAAAUGGAAAUGAGAAAAAAGUUUGAUGCCAUAAGCAGCAAGAUCCCAAGAUCACCCAAGAAGACAGAAACUGCUUUGUCCCCAUGGACCUCACAGUCCAGAGAUCCAUCCAAGACUGUGGUAGCUUCAAGUCCACCUUCUGCUUCCAUCAGUACAUUGCUUGUUAAGACCAAAAAAGCUAGGAGUCCAAAGAAAUCACCAAAGGAAGAGAAGCCUAAGGUUGUAUGUAAAAUACCUGUUGUGAAGCAUGAAGAAAAUAAGGUGCAAGCAGCAGUGCCUAAGUGGGAAGACUUAGCCAAGGGGAUUCCUCUUGGUGUCAGGUCUGUCACAACCUACAAGCAGUUGCAGCAAUUCUGGGUUCCAGGUGCAGGUGCUUGGAGUAACUGUGGAACUGGGGUCCUAGGCUCAGGCUCUCAAGAACCUGUUGUGGCACCUAUAUUUGGAGGUGCAGUUUUACCUUCUGUGGCAGAGUUGGAUGUAGAAGGCUGA